CUUAAGAGAAGUAUACAUAGAUCAUUCAUAGAUCAAAACCAACAAAAUGCUCCUCCCCUUGCGAGAAGAUAUCACGCUGGUCGAAGGCUUCGUCCGAACGGUCCUCAAAACACUCCGUGACCACGGCGACCCCGAAGAAACCGAACAUCUAACGGCAGAGGCAAACUGUGACAAUUUCUUCGCGGCCUUUAAAUGGGUACAAUAUCUCCACAACAGGGCAUCACUCUUAUCCGAGGAGGCGCGCGGUCAGCAAUGGAAGCAAUUCCUUGCCAACGUCGAAGGGGUUCUUAGGCAAGUUGCGCGAUGGGCUUUUGAGAAGUAUCCGGAGGGUGUGCUGUCGACUUUAAUGACAAGAUAUCAGAGCGGUGACAGUAAUUUUGAGAUGGAUAUCGAUAGUCCAGAUGAUCAAACAGACUGGACUUGGGCUCUCCAGGCUGCUCUGGAGUUGGAGGUGGCUACAGAAAUGAUGCAGGUGGAUUUCACAGCAACGGCGUUGUCGGAAAUGUCGUUUUAA